AUGUCUCGCGCAGACGAUUUCAUGAAGAUGAAGGCCCAGCUGGAAAGCACGCAGCUGAACAUUAUCGUCUCGGCGAGCAUGACACUGCUGUUCGCUGAAUACUUUCAAACACUAAGGCUAGAGGUGGCUCUAGUCUGGUCCGUUCACUGGGGAAUCGUGAAGAUCGUAUAUUUCAUCAACCGAUUCCUCCCAUUCGUUGUAAUUCCCUUCACAUUUUAUUGGGAACAAUUUCGUGGUCCGACCAUCACCGCUGGUGAGCCCGAGCGCUUAGCUGCACCCUAUCAACGUUCUGACCAGAAGAAGCUUUGCAAAAUCAUCUUUUCGAUUCCAUGCAUUGGAAUCGCUAUGUGCAUCCUGAUAUCAGAAGUCAUCCUCUACGUCCGCGUAUACGCAUUGGCAGGUCGAGGACGAUUGAUGCUGACCUUCAUGAUCGUCCACGGUCUGGCCGUUUUUGUCGCAAGCAUUUCCCUGUUGGGAAAGUACGUCGUUCUGGGCUCAUGGGGACAAUCCCAGUUCGCCGACAUCGUCCCGGGUUGCGUCGGUAAAUUCACGACGAACGGCGAGUUGGUCAUGAUCGCGUACGUUGUCCUGCUGUACAGCGGAUUCGUCGUGAUGAUCCUCUGCGUGUACUUCGGACUCCGGAUAUACUGGAGGUCGAGACGCAGCCCGUUGAUCAAGAUUUUUUAUCGGGAUGGGACGUUUUAUUUCGUCGUUCUGGCUGUGAUGUCCAUUGCGAAUGGGGUUUCCGCUCAAUUCCUUCCCGCAAGGUACCGUUUCCUCAUGGCACCACCACAAGCCGUAAUGCACAGCACACUCUCAAUCCGGAUGAUCCUCCACCUACGAGAAACAGCGCGGAUGGAGAUGGGGUUCAGAGGUGGAGGGAUUGCUGUUGAACGAGGGCUGCCGCAGGUGUCUGGGACUCCUAAGGCAAACGAUCCUCAGAAUCUCACUUUCCGUUGA